CUAAGAUUAUGCUAACAACAGUGACGCAGCACUUUUCUCUAUUCAGUUCACGCUUAACGUUAUGUAUGCAGGACUAACAAUAGCAUGAACUUUCACCUGUUGCUUUAUUGUUGCUCCAACUUGCAAGUCAGCAUGGGUAUGGAGCUUGGCACACUGUGAAGUCAGCAUGAUGUCCUAUGAUGCAUGAACUCCUUGGCAUGACUAGGCAAGAAAGUGUCUCAAGGGGUUUUCCCUAAACCUGUCUCAGGGUACUCAUUAACUGAUGGUAUAAAAGGUUGGAGUGGUCCACAGGAGUUACUUGCUGCUCAUUGUCAGCGUGCAGAAGUUUGGGUGUCUGAGUGCUGCAUAACGUUACAGUUCUCCAGGACCUCUGUUAACUACUAACAUUUCGAGCUAAUUGUCAUGCUGAUUAGACUGAAACCCGUGAGACAAGUCAGGCAAAUUUGCGUCUUACUGAACCAACCAGGAAUCAGCCAAGGAAGGAAUCCUCACCUGAAGAUGUCAACUGUCAUAUCUGACAUAGGCGCUAAGGGGGAAUUCUUGAGAAAAGAUGCAGUUUUCAGGAACUGGAUCACAGCUGAUGGCUCCAGUGGGUUUAAGGCAGAACGAGACAGGUACCACCUGUACGUGUCCCUCGCCUGUCCCUGGGCCCAUCGAACGCUCAUUGUUCGGAAACUCAAGGGGAUUGAGGAUGUCAUUCCGUAUACUGUCGUUGACUGGCUGAUGGGAGAGAAUGGAUGGAACUUCACUGAUAAGAAAGCAAAGUGCUCACCAGACCCCCUCUUCAAUGCCCAGUAUGUUCGUGAGCUCUACUUCAAGGCAAACCCAGAUUAUGAGGGGCGCUUCACUGUUCCAAUGCUGUGGGACAAGAAGAACAACACCAUUGUGACUAAUGAGUCCAGUGAGAUCAUCCAGAUGUUCAACAGUGAAUUUAACGACUUCUGUGCUACAGUUGAACAGAAGGAGCUGGACCUGUACCCAGAACACCUGAAGGCACAGGUGGACGCAGUUAAUGAGUGGAUUUACAAUGAUAUCAACAAUGGUGUCUACAAGUCAGGGUUUGCCAGGAGUCAGGAGGCCUAUGACAAAGCUGUGACACAGCUCUUUGCUUCUCUGGACCGGGUGGAGGACAUCCUGUCCAAGACCAGGUACCUGGCUGGUGACCAGCUGACCCUGGCUGACAUCCGGCUUUUCACCACCCUGAUCCGGUUUGAUCUGGUCUACGUGGGACACUUCAAGUGUAACAAGAAGCGGAUCAUGGACUACCCUAACCUGUGGGCUUACACAAGAGACAUCUACCAGACCCCCGGGGUGGCCGAGACUGUGGACAGGGAGCACAUCGCCAAACAUUACCAGGCAAGUCACACGUCAAUCAACCCCUUUGCCAUCGUUGCCAUUGGUCCAGACCUGGACUUCAACCUGCCACACAACAGGGACAAGAUGGCUAAAGCAUGAUGGAAAAGUCACCACCACAUUAUUGACCUUUGCCAAUUUGCUGAGGGAGCUCUUUGGCAUCUACGUUGCUUAAGUUACUGGGAUAGGCAAGAUAGGUUCACUUCAUUAUUGGCAGAAACACAGAGGGUAUCAGGAUAAUUCGUCCCUUUACUGACUAGGCCCAGUCAACUAAGCCC